CUCUACAACUGCAUAAAAUUCAAUGUUAAGACAAAGAUAUAACUAUUCUAAGUAUUUAAAUAAUAGAACCUGUUCUGUAAUCGCUACCAAUUUUCACCAGCAUUCAAUCAGUAUUGCACCAAAAAUAUUAAAACCAACUACUUUGACACUUUAAUUAUUAGUCAUCAUAUCGUUGUCGGAAUGGCUGAGGACAGUUACCGGCAAGGGAACUUGCCCAUGGGGACACAGCUCAUCUCAUUCGACUUCGCUUCCCACACGAUGGAACACCUUGGUUAUCUGUGUGUAGAUGACAAAACGCCCACAGAUGAAGAGAUGGCAGAAGUGAACAAGGUCUUUGAAGAGAACAAGAAGUUUUCCGCGCCGGUGUUUGAUUACUGUGAAGGAGGAAAUGAGUGCAAAGCAUUUCUGAUGUCAGAUCGCAAGGUACGUCUCCACAGACCUGAUUAGCCGGUUGUACUAAGGAUGAUAGUAGUUGCAAGAU